CCACCCACCCCACCCGAACACUUACCCAUAACUGCCUGCCGAUACUCCCUCGUCACAGAGAGUCAAUCGUUUAAGGUUGCCAAUCAUCUCCCAUCAGCCUUUCAUCAAACAUAUUGUCAAUCCCCUAGCUCGCAUCCCGGAUCCCCCCCGAGCCUCGUGAAUCAUCACCACCACCAACCAACGCGAUCCAGCCACCUCCGAUAUGCCGGGCGCGGGCAGACCAUUACCAACGUUCCCAUGCAUGUGCAAGGCCAUCUACUCGUGGGGAGGAGAGACCAAGCGCGAUCUUGGCUUCGUGGAAGGCGACCUGAUUGAAUGUUUGAACGCGGGAGACGGACAAUGGUGGAUGGGGCGACUGCGGCGUAACAAGACGGUGGGCUUGUUCCCGUCGAAUUACGUGGAGGUGCUCGAGAACUACCAGCGACCCGGGAUCCACCCACCGAGACCGGCGUCGCGGAACGCCAGUCCUUCGCGUCUGGGGCCCGACGGCGAUAGAGGGAGGGCGUCGAGGGCGGCGUCGCCGGCGCCGUCGACCCGCUCGAGGAGGGGGGCUUCGCCCGCGCACGAUCGCCAUGGUGGUGGUGGGGAGGGGGGGAGCUCCAGGUCGCGGACGGGAAGAUCGCGCUCGCCAGCGCCACCGGACCACCACAACCAGCAACGGUCGAUAUCUCGCGCGGCGUCUCCGAGUGGCUACAAUCGCGCCGCAUCGCCCAAUCCGUACAGUAGAGCUGCGUCGCCUAAUCCUAAUCCCUACAACAGGGCUGUUUCGCCCGCGCCGUCCUUCGGUGGCCGCGAUAAUAUCCACAGGAGCGCUUCUCCUGCGCCAUCGCAUUACAGAGCCGUGUCACCCGCCCCGCCGAGAAACUACCAGCGCGCAGCAUCGCCGAAUCCACACGGGAGAGAAGAUGCGUAUCGAAUGCCCCGCGCUACUUCGCCCGCACCGUCGCAGCAUUACAGGGCCACUUCUCCCGCUCCGUCGCAGCAUUACAGGUCCACAUCGCCUGCACCGCCGAGGGACUACCAGCGCGCAGCAUCGCCGAAUCCGUAUGGUAGGGGUGAGAUGAUGCAUGAUAGAGGCGACUCGCCCCCGCCAGCCCCACCGCCUCACAGAGUCAACCGGCGGGCCGCCUCACCACUGCCUCUGCCCACGCCCGACGGACGGCUUACCCCGAUGGGUUCGAGAGCACCAACGCCAAACGGUCAGACGCCGAGUCCGCUGAGGAAUGCCAUGGAAGAUGUGAUGGAGAGUCUCGAGCAUAUGAGCUCUUACGACGAUCGGCCUCGCACCCCGAAUGCUCCCUGGUCCCCCGAAUCCUUCGGAGAGAUCUACGCGGGAAGUCCCACGAAGCGGCACAUUCGACCCGAGACAUCACUGGGAAUCGCUGGACGGAAUGAAUACGAGGAUGAUGAGGACGAGAAUGGCAUCCCCAUGUAUCCCACCGAGCCUCCCAUGCCGAUCGGCUAUGCGGAGCGGAUGGAAGACCGUCUGCGGAGAUUCCAAGAGCAACCAAGGCGUGACUCCGAAGUCGACAUACCCCCGCCAACUCCGGCAAAGUUCUCGAGCUACAGCGAGCGACCGAGGACCGGCGAUCCCACGCUUAAGGCCCGUAAUCCCGCUUUCGAUCUUCGCUAUGCUUCGAGAAGUGCCAGCCCGGCAAAGAUGGUUCGCCCGAGACCGUUGGCUAGAGUCGAGACCCUUUCGUCGAAUUCAACCUCCAAUCACUCGUCCGCUACAAACAGCACGAAUUCAACGGCUCUGACAAGUGCGAGUAUCAUGAGCGGCAUGAGUGCCGGCGGGUUCUCGGCCACUAGUGCUGGUAGUCUGGCAAGGCGGAAAUACAAAUCCAUCAGCACCAUCGAGGACCCAGGACGUAAUUCGCCCAGACCGGUGAGCACUUACGGCACUCGAGCAGAAACGCCAUCGGGCUACAUGGCCUCCGGGUCGGGUUCGGGAUCUGGGUCCGGAACGGGGACGUUUGGUCGCAAGCGUGGUCAAACGUGGGGCACGACCGUCAGUACUCCGGCCGAUGGUGUUUUUGGUGGACUCGUUCCGCCGAAACCCAAGAAGGCAAACUUUUUCAAGAAGAUCCUCAACAGUGCGAAGACCAGCGCGGCGUCCAUAAGGGGUGUCGAUGAGAUCCCGGUGCAGUCGAGGGCUAUGCAGUCGCACGGACAGGACUGGGUGCAGGUCCGACGAGACGUCAAUCGCUCGAAUACGCUGUCUAGGAAUGAGCGGAUAGAACGGCAGGAGAAGCAGCAAAUGAUGGAUCAACCGGUCCUGAGACCGGUGGAUGCGUUGGACGAGGACGUGGAUGGCGACGAGGCGGCCGAUGGUGGCAUCGUCACUAAUCCGCAGGACUUUGAGACCACCAGCCUGGCUCUGGUCGAUAAGGCUGCCAGGUUCAUCACCAGUUUGCCGCCGUUCACCACACCAGAGAGUCUUGCCACCCACCAGGUCUGUCGGCCGUACCGCAGCGACGUCCAGCGGUUGCGCGCUAUAUACACUUGGAUCACGGAAAGGAUCGCUUGGGAGCACCCGAGCGGACCGAUGGACGGCGAGUACGGACCACAUUCUAUCGAUGCGCGGAGAGUGCUGGCACAGAGACGUGGGUCGCCCGAAGAGGUCGCGGCUGUGGUGCAGGGGAUGUGCGCAGCAGUCGGAAUCCACUGCGACAUCGUCCGGGGUUUCCUCAAGGCUCCGGGUGAGGCUGUUGAAAUCGAGACCUGUCCCCGCGCAAAUCAUUGGUGGAACGCGGUGGUUGUGGAUGGCGAGUGGCGGUUCAUGGAUUGUUCGCUUGCGUCUCCAACCCACCCUCGGCGUUACAUGUAUUCGCAGGCACCGGUCAACCAGGCGGAGUUCUUCUACUUCCUGACAAGACCGAGUGAGUUUGUGUGGACACACAUUCCGCUCACGAUGGAGGAGCAGCACCUGGUCCCGCCACUGCCGCUACCAAUACUGAUGGCGUUGCCGUGUGCCUGCCCGCCGUUCUUCAGACAUGGCCUGCAGCUGAUCAACUACGACACCAGUCUGAUCAGGAUGGAGAACCUGGAGGUGGUGCAGAUCGAGUUCAGCGUGCCGCCGGAUGUUGAGUGCGUGGCGGAGGUGGAGGCAAACGGGUUUGCGAUCGACCAGGACGGCGACGUGUUCGAGACCGGCGAGGUGGUCAAGAAGCGCGCGCUGGCUCAGCCGUUCUGGGAAAAUGGCGUCAAGACGUAUCGCGUCAAGGCGGUGCUGCCGGGUGAUGAGGGCCAGGGCGUCUUGAAGAUCUAUGCUGGCCCUCGUGGCUUGAUGCACUCCAUCACUAGCAAUCCCCAUCCGCUGGCUUUCGCCCUGCCCAUCUACCACCACGGCGAGAACCCUCCGUACGACUUUUACAUCCGCCACCCGACGCCGCACGCGCAGCGCCACGACCUCUAUGUGUCGCAGCCGCAGUGCGCCAAGCUGGCAGUCAACAAUACGUUCGUGUUUGCGGUGCGGCAGAGUCCCAGCGACGGGUCGUCGAUGUCGCCAGUGCUGCAGAACGGGAUCCUGCCCGCCAAACCGGCAAAGCUCGGGAUCCAGACGCCGAGCGGAAAGAUCCUCAGGCUCAUGAAGAAGGCGGAUACCCCCGGCUCGUCGGAUGGCAUGGUCUGGGAAACUAUCAUCAAGUGCGGGGAACGAGGACCCUGGAGAGCUCUUGUCCUCGCCGAUAGGAGCGCCCGCUGGUGUGUCUAUGGCGAGUGGAAUGUGGUGUAGCUGGAGCGUGACACGUGAUGAGAUAUAUGCCCCUCCCCUCCCCCCUCUCACGGUCGGUGAUGUUUUUUUACAUUUCUUACAUUUCUUACAUUUCUUACGUUUGGUGUCUGGGUUUAGGUUGGCGACAAUUCUUUCUUUCUUUCUUUCUUUCUUUCUUUCUU